CCCUUCUCUGAGCCUUCCCCCCUCACUGGUCACUUAUCAGGAGGGUCUUCCCCCCAAAACAUUGCUCCUGUUGGUAGCAUAAUAAAAGGGGUAAGCUUGUUUGUUGUUGCUAAGGGACCCAGCCAGUUCAACGGAGGACCAGCACCACCAGUGCAGUGAAAGUGAACCACAGGUGUGCGGUGGAUUCAUUACAUUUAAACACCUGUGAACCAAAUCCAAUAUGGUCGUGCAUAUGUGAGUGAGGGGAAAAUAAUGAGACACAGUGGCAGAGUGAUACCCCAAAUCAGUGGGCCCUUGACAGAUACACUUUACUAAAGCAGCACUGCAGCCCAUAAAUGUUUCCUCUACUGAUUUAAUGUCCUCUAGAAAUCUCCCUGCAGCCCAGAACAGUGUUACUGCAACUUGUAUCCAUACAGAUCUCCAUUUCCUGUGUCUGCCAACACUUGGAAGCUCCUCCCCACACUCACUCUGUGGCUGUAGGAAGCUCCUAAUCACUGCAGGAAGCUUGUCUCCCAGUGACAGCAAAUGAUAUUCUGAAUAGAUGGGUCAGGAAGUGAUUUCCCAUUGGCUGCAGGAAGCUUGUCUACCAUUCGCUAAAGCGACAGCAAAUGAUAUUCUGAAUAGAUGGGUUAGGAAGUGCUUUCCCAUUGGCUGCAGGAAGCUUGUCUACCAUUGGCUAAAGUGGCAGCAAAUUAUGUUUCGUUAUGACGAUGCAAGAAACCCCUCUCCCAUUGGAUGCAGGACACAAAAUAUCCCUUAUUAAUGUUCUGUGUGUGUGAGACAGAGAUGGACUGGAGCCUGAUGCCUAAUACUGAGUGUGUAUGGGAAUGGGGGUGCCUGUGGGGCCUCACAGUGGGUGAUGGGACAGAUCCCUCUCUUCUAAACCUCUGCCAAGCCCACCUUUAUACGUCACAUACCCCCUUCCCAGGUGAUACUCUUCCUGUGGAGCUGUAAGGGCAUCAGGAAUUCUUCUGUGAAUGAACACUGGCAAUUCACCUCAGAUGUGGCAGCAAUAAGCCAAUUUCUACUCAAAAGACAAUUGCUGCAAAGCGUCAAUGUUUCCUUUAGUUGGUCUUUAAUGAUUCAAUGAUUUAUUCAUUACUGUGUAACGCGAAUAUCCUUGUGAUUGAAACAGGGGGAUCCAAUGGUGUCUAAAUGUCCAUGUUACCCCUCAGCAAGUCAGGGGUACGAGAAAGAUGGGAGAGCUCAUCACUGGAGACCUUCUAUGAAAAAAAAACAAUUACAGAAUUUUCUAAUAACUGCUAUGGGCCCAUCAAUGGCAACUGCACCUUAGAUAUACUGUGUCCAAUGGAGAGAGGCAGAUGGGGUCACAUGACACUGACAAGAAAUCGCCGCAGGGCAAAGUGACAGUUAAUAACAGUUUUCUCACUUUCAUGUCUGGGAUCAGAGUGAAAGUUCUGAGCGAUUCGAAGCGACUUCAUAGCGAUUUCUACGUGAUUUCCUGUGAUUUCCUGAGAUUACCAGUGAUUUUCCUGCGAGAUAUUCAGCAUUUUUGACGUUUCCUAGGAAAAAAUAUCUUCCAUUCACGUCUGCUGAUAUCUUUUUUUUUUUUUUUUUUAAAAACCCAACUGCUCUUUUAAGAGCAAAAAGACUUGGGCGCAAUGCCAUUCUGCGCCCCAUGGAGGAAGGUAAGUUGGCGGUUACAUUUUUAUUUGACUAAGAAAUGUUUUUUCUAGUCCCAAAGUUUAAGCGGUCCUAAAAUGGUUUUGCUAUAUGGCCCAGUAAUUUUCAAUUAUGCUAUGGUCCCUGUUACUUUACUAAUUAGUAGAUUUGGGAUAAGGGCAUCUUUCACACAGGGUAGUACCAUUUUGUUAUUCAGCAAGUCUUGUGCCUUAUACUGUCCCUAAUAGAAUCUUUCUCUUUUCCCUCAGCGACAGUCAGAAUCCAGCUCCCUCUCUGAGAUUUACAAGGUGAGUAGAAAAGAGGGAAAAAUAAUGUGACCACUCACUGUAAAUGCUGCUAGAGCAUGGAAUCUGGGAGUUGGUUUGGUGAUGGACAUAUUUUACCCUUUUGAAAUAUUAUGUUAUGACUAAAGUUCCCCUUUUAUUCUAUUUUAUUGUCCAGCCUCCUGAUGGUCGGCUGACCAAGGAUGUGCUCCUCGGAGAGGGUGGCACCGGAGACGUCUACAAGGUAAGGGACCAACCAAAUUAGGGUUGAAUAGAAAUAACUUACUCAGUGGUUCACAAAAUGGCUUAAAUAGUGCUGUACUUACUUCAGUAUCUUCCCAAAAUGCCUUGUUGUAGCUAAAACCAAGUGUAAGUUAAACUUUUUUGUCUGUAUUACAGGGACGACACCAUCGGAAAGGUGUGGUGGCCGUAAAGAUUGCCAAUAUCAGUCGGGUAACGUAUCUUUAUACUUCCAUUUUUUUUAUAUCAUUCCUAUUUGUGAGGUGGCCUAUGCAAGCUAAAGGGAUUUCUAUUACUCCACUCCAGGAUGAAGAGUCAGUCUGCAGGGAGCUGAAGUUUCUCCAGCAGUUCAGCGGCCACAAGAACGUCGCCUCUUUCUUUGGAGCCUACUACAGGGCUCCACUCACGGAGUGCUCAUCGGAGCUCUUGGAAAUUGUUCUUGAAUACUGUGGUGGCGGUUCUCUCCACAACCUCAUCAGCAAGACCAAUGGCCAAUCCCUGAAGGAGACCUGGAUUGGCUAUGUCUGCAAGGAGGUUUUAAAGGGGCUGCACCACAUCCACAAGAACCGGGCCGUUCAUAGAGACAUCAAGAGCCUGAACAUCAUGCUCACAGAGACGGCCAAAGUGAAGAUCAUCGACUUUGGAAACAGCUGGAACCUGGACCCGCAAACUGGAUUGUGCCACGAAGCGGACGGGACUGCACAUUGGAUGGCACCCGAGGCCAUAAGGCAGAAGGGCCAGCGCCUGGCGUACGACACCAAAUGUGACAUCUGGUCGCUGGGGAUAACCGCCAUCGAAAUGGCCGAGGGAAAACCACCUUACGCAGAUCAAUACCCGGUGGAACACCUGAUAAGAGAAGCUCAACCACCGAAGCUUCAAUCAAACAGAUGGUCACAACAUUUUGUGUCCUUCUUGGAGUGGUGUCUGAAGAAGGAUCCUUCAGCGAGAGGGAGUGCUGAAGAACUCCUGCAGCACCCAUUCAUCAGCCAACUGCCACCUAAGAAAAUCGUCAGGGCUGAGUUGGAAGAACAUCUCCUGACCCUGCACAACUGGCCGGCCAAGAAAGGACUGAAGGGAGUAGCUCUCUGGACCCUGAGACAGCUGCGGUGUGCUUGCACACAGACAUCGGCAGAACAAGAAGCAGCUCUGCAAAUGGCCUUGGAGGGCUUCUCCUGUUAUUAAUCUUGUGGCCAAUAACAUCAACAGCCCAGAAUGAGUUUCCUUAAUCACAGCAGAGGAAAAAAAACAUCCAUAAGAUCAAGUGGCGUCUGCAGCUCCACAAACAUCAUCUCCUUUCAAGCUGAUGCAGCUCAGCAAGUGGUAUCUUCAAGAUUCCUGCAACUACACCAGCAGGAACUUUAUCUCCUUCUUUAGCUCCAUGAACAUAUUCUUUUAAGAGUACCCCAUCUCCACCAGUAGUGUCUUUGCUUCAGUUUAGUUUGCUCCACCCAAUCACAUCUACACCUCACUUUCCAACUGCCAUAGUUCCAUCCAUCUUCCUUUUUUUGCAGACUACCAUAACUCCAACAUCUUGCCUUAAGCAUCUACAUUUCACAGAACCAUAGCUCCGACAUUCACAUCCACCUCUACAGCUCCACUAGCAGCAUUCACAUUUUCAAACACCAUAGCUCCACUAUUAGGACCUUAGUUUUCAUUAGUAUCCAAUUACCACAUCUCUACCCAAGGACUUUUCAUUUAACUUUAGCUCCACCACCAGCCCUUAUCCCAUAUUUUACCUCUACCCGCAAGCUCUGUCCUUGUGCUAACACACCUCCACCAAUAUCUUUUUUUAUUUACAUAUUAUCAAGAGUUUCUCCUCUUUAAAAUAUCUUUUAAUCCUUGCCCUUCUUCCUGCACCUCCAUUGGUUCUUCCAUUCCACCAAUACCAAGAUAUUUAGUCACAACCACACACCACACACUAAAAUGAUGCCCCCUACACAGAGGCUUCUCUUCUCCACCUUUUCUUUUGCCUCCCCCGCCCCUGCAAUCUCCUAACAGCAAUUCCUCUGUGGUUUCUCCUGUUCAAAUUCUUUCCUUUCUAAAUUCUAUCCUUUCAAGCCUUCCACUCAACAACCAGUCACAUCUCCUACUCUAAACCCUGACAUAAACUCUUAGUACUGAUACUAAAAUAAACUCAUAGUAAAAGUUGAUCCAGGGACUUGUCCGAUUGCCCUUUGGGAGUCAGGAAGGAAUUUUUCCUCCUCUGAGGCAAAUUGGCUCUGGCUUCAGAUGGGGUUUUUGCCUUCCUCUGGAUCAACUACUAAAUAGGAAGAUCCCAUUUACACUAAAACUUGACCCUAAUGGAUGUGAGUCCUUCCCAACUUAAAUUAGUAUGAAUUAAUCUAAAAUGCAUAAAUAUAACAUCCAAUUUAUAAAUAAAUAUGUUAAUACA